AUGGAUGAAGCAACCAAUGUUGAAAAUUUCUUCAAAUCUAACCACGUCCAUUUAUCAUCACAGUGGCUGGAAGGCUGUAUAAAAUGGUGCAAGGAAGAGAACCUGCCUUCUAAUUACACUUUAAGGGAUCUCCAGUUGAAAAUCUUCGAACAAUGGUUACUACUAGAUUUAAGAGACGUACAAGUGCCUUGUUUACCAACAAACCUCUCCACGUACAAAAAAUACAUUUUAAGUAACAGUUACAUACUACAAUUAAUGCAAGUCGUAGAUAUAUCGAAACCAAAGUAUUGGCAAUUGCAGAGGAUUAGAAAUGGUGUUCCCGAAAACCUCGACCAAGACGUGGAGUCUUCGAAAAGGAUGCUACAACUUACGUUAACAGACGGAGUACAGGAAAUCGAAGCAAUGGAAUACAAACCUAUAAAAUGCCUCAGUAUUAAUCUGUCUCCCGGUGUAAAAAUAAAACUAAUAGGUCCCAUACAAAUUAGAAGAGGCAUGGUAAUGCUUGAAGAAAGGCACGUGCACAUCGUGGGAGGCGAAGUAGACACUUUAAAAAUCGAGAAUUGCGCUGAAAAUAUCCUAGCGAAAAGCUUAAAUCAGCCGUUGAAUGAAAACCCCAAGGGUAUCGAAGAGAAUAUUUUAAUUGAUAAUAGUAAUAACAAUGAAACCAAUAUUAGUUCAACAAUACCAAGAACGAAUACUCAAAAUACCAGUACCAAUCGAACUAAUAAUUCUUCCUCUAUCGUUAAAGAAAAUAUAACUAAACCGGUUAAUAUUGCGAAUGAGUUUGAUGAUGACUUUUUUGAUGACAUCGAUGAAUUUACAGAAACAAUACCAAGAACUAAUACUCAAAAUGCCAGUAUCAAUCGAACUAAUAAUUCUUCCUCUAUCGUUAAGGAAAAUAUAACUAAACCCGUUAAUAUUGUGAAUGAGUUUGAUGAUGACUUUUUUGAGGACAUCGAUGAAUUAACAGAAAUAGAAAAUGAAAUACAACAGUUAAGAAAACAAAAUGUUCCAAAUACCACACAAGUUUGUUCCAAAAGUCCGGAAUUGUUCGACGACACUGAUAUCGAUUUCGAGAGUAUAGAAAUACCAAAUAUACCUCCAAAACCUCCUAAAGAACAACCGAUAACAAACUUAUUUAAUCAACCCAGAGAUACUUUUAAUAGCAAUUCCUCGAAUGCAAGAAAUAUUAAUACUUCUACCGAAUACUUCUCGAAGUCUAAUAUUAACGAGAAUACAGAUAAUAGGUUUGGUAUAAACUGUUUCCAAUCUCCACAAAUAUACAACGAGAGGAGUAAUGCAAAUAAAGGAGUAUCUACUAUUGGCAAUAAUCAUGUGUUGUGGAAAAUUGAUAGACUGUCGAAAACCAUUCCGAGUAUUACCGAAGACACAGUAAAAAUAAAGGCUAAAUUUAAGUCUGUAGUCGAAAAACUGAGUGUUACUGACGACGAAUUCCGUCUAGUAAUUGAAGUUGAAGAUGACAGUGGGACAUUAGUUGCGAAACUUCACAAUGAUGUCAUCGUAGAACUGGCUGGAAUCACUGCUGAGUCUUACAGCGAGAAAAUAGCGACAAGCCAGGAGUUUCCACAGGAAAUUAUCCAGGUAUUGGAUUCCCUCCGAAGUGGACUUACUUCUCUUGAUAAUAUACUGCAGGUUUUGAUUGUUAGAAAAACCGUUCCUGUUAUAGUUAAAAUUCUACGAUUAUAA